UGUUAUUAUUUAUAUAUUUCAGGAAUGGUAAUAGCUGUCAUUACUUCCGGUGAUAAAAAACAACUUGCAAGAAUGAUCACACCCUAUUUCGAUAAUUAUAAGGAAACAGAAGCAUGCCUUACCCUCCGUUUAUUUGUAUCCGGCGAAGGAGUUUCCUUUUUUCGAGUUGAAAAGCAAACAGAUUCAGGAUUUCAAAAAAUAUUGAGCGUACACACUCAGACUGCCCACUGGAGAAGUUUCAGUUUGCCGAUACAGGUUUCCCAGUUCGUGAGAUUCCUGUUUGAAGCUCAAGUUAACCCUUCAUUUGGAAAAAGCACUGUGGCAAUUGAUAAAAUUUCUUUUAACGUAGGAAAGUGUCCUUACUUAUAAAUAAUUAAACUGACUUGUCUAAAUGGAUUGAAUACUGUGCAUUUUAUUUUACUUUUAACCAU